UCUCUCUCUCUCUCUCUCUGUCUUUCUCUCCCCUAAACCAAACCAAUCCAAUCCAAUCCCUUCUCUCUGUCACUGUGUCCUACUCCUUUCUGUUGUUGAUUUUCUGCUAUUUGUCUUGGCAUUUGCAUUUUGCUCUUUUGCUCUUUUUUUAUUUAUAUUUGUUAUUUUAUUUUUUGCAUUUAAGCUUCCUCAACCCUCCCCUGCCCACCCAUGUGCUUUUGUUUUGUUUGCUUUUGAGGAAGAGAGAACUCAAAGAAAGAAGAAGAGCAAAAAAAAUAAAAACUAAAAAAUAAAAAAUAAACAAAGCUACAAGAAUCUACAACUUAGUAAAAACAUCCAACUUUCUCUCUUUUUAUACCCUCCUCCUCCUCACCCUCAAAUACUAGCUUAGCUGUUUACUCUUUUCACUCUUUCUAGCAGAUAAUAGAGUGAGAGAGAGAACCCCAAAAAACCAAAAAAACGAAAAAUUAGUGAGAAAGAGAGAGUAAGAGAGAGAGACAAGAAAAAAUCUUUCAUUCCAAACAGCAACUCAAGAAAUGACUAAAGAAGAAGACUUUAAGCUCCUCAAGAUCCAGACUUAUGUUCUCAGAGUGAACAUACAUUGUGAUGGGUGUAAGCAGAAAGUGAAGAAACUCCUUCAGAGAAUUGAAGGUGUUUACCAAGUAAACAUUGAUUCAGACCAGCAAAAAGUCACGGUUUCAGGAAGUGUAGAUUCUGCAACUUUGAUUAAGAAACUUGUACGAGGUGGUAAACAUGCUGAACUCUGGUCCCAGAAAGCCAACCAAAACCAGAAGCAAAAGAACAACUGUAUCAAAGACGACAAGAACAACAAAGGACAGAAGCAAGGCUUGAUGAAGGGGCUGGAGGCUUUUAAGAACCACCCAAAGUUUCCUGCUUUCAGUUCUGAAGAAGAUGAUGACUACUUUGAUGAUGAUGACGAAGAUGAUGAAGAAGAUGAGCUGCGGUUUCUUAGAGAGAAAGCAAACCAAUUGAGUAUGCUCAGGCAGCAAGCCAUUGAUGCAAACAAGAAAGCAGUUGGAGCAAUCUCUGCAGUUCCAAGCAAUGUCAAGCUCAACAACAAUGUGGGAAAUGGGAAUGGUGGGAAAAAAGGUGGACAUCCUAAUCAGAACAACAUGGGAAUGAAGGCUAGUCCAGGAGAAAUUGAUCAGAAAACCAUGGCAGCUCUGAAAAUGAGCAAUCCUCAUUUGGGAGGAGGAAAUAUCAAUGCUGGUGGGGAAGCCAAAAGGGCAAAUGAUCUAAAUACCAUGAUGAGCUUGGCUGGUUUUCAUGGAAAUGGGCCAAAUGUUGGUGGUGGUACUGCUGGUGGUUUAGUAGGAGGUAAUCCCAAUGGUCUCGGAGGAGGAGGGUUUCAAGUCCACCAAGCCAACAAUGGAUAUCAGGCAACAACUCCUUCUGGUCUACCAAGUGGUGGUUAUGCUACCGGAGGAGGAGGUCAAUAUCCAUCAUCCAUGAUGAUGAACAUGAAUGGGUACAAUCAUCAAUCACCCAUGAUGAACAUGAACAUGCAGGCCAGGCAUGCCAUGCAACAACAACCCCAGAUGAUGUAUCACAGAUCACCUUUUGUCCCUCCAAGCACAGGCUAUUACUAUAAUUACAAUCCCUGCCCCCCGACACCUCCAUACUCUUAUCCUGAACCUCAUUACUCUAAUACUGGUGAUAGCGCUGCAGCCCAUAUGUUCAGCGAUGAGAACACAAGCGGCUGUUCAAUAAUGUAAUAAAAUAAAAUAAAAUAAAAAUAGGAAAAGAGGAAUUUGUGUUUGACCUGAAAUUCUCUGCUUAGUGGGGCUUUUUUUUUUUUUUUAAACAGUAUUCAGUACAUGGUGUUUGGGGAAGAUGUGGAUUAGGAUGAAUCUUCUCAGUGUAUUGCCUAGUUUUGUUAAGAUGAUGUUCCUUUCAAUUAUUUUACUAGUCUCUCUGUAUAUUCCUUUUC